GACAGAUACAUUUAUCAUCCAGAUUACGAGAACCACAGCAGUACAAUGUUCACAGAGCUAAGCUCUAGGUUUUGUGAGAAUGUAAGUCCAUGUCUACUACAACCCUUGCAUCAUCUAAUUCUUGGUGCUCUGAUGGGGUCUUUUCAGUAAAUAGGUAAUGAUAUAUUAGAGAAAUUUAAGUCACUUCUACGGGAAAAAGCAAAUGUGAGAUUCAAGUCGACAGGUUCUCGAUUUACGAAAUGAGCAAAUAUAACAGUCCAAGUUGAUUUUUAUAGAUGAAACACGCUUGGAGCGACUUACAUUGUAUAGAAUUAAUAUACAGUAAUCAACAACUAAAGAGGUAACUUGGUCACGUGGUAUGUAUUGGCGUUUGCCGUAAACGUGAUUUCUAAUCUCUAACGUAAGGACUGUAUAUCUGUUCAUCAGCCGAAUACAGAUGAAAUUAUCAACCUUCACAGUGUUGCUAAACAAAAAUUAUUCCUCGAGCCCGAAUGAGAUCUGAGUCCAUAACCCACGAGGCCGAAGGCCGAAAGGGCUAUUGACUCAGAAGCCACGAGGACGAGAGAAAUAAUUGUUUUAGUAAAAUCCAACUAGCUGGUCAAAAACAUCGAGACAAAACAACUUUAACUAGCAAGACGCAAUUCAACCGCCAUUGUUUGGGUUAUCAAAGCCGGCGCUUUUCGCUACAAGUGGGCUAUAACAUAUAGCCUAGUAGUAGCUCAACCAAUCAGAACGCAGCUUUGAUCAUAGACCACUAUUUGGAUUUUACUGAUGUAAGUUAUCCCACAUAGCCAAUAGAACAAUAAAACCGUAACCAGGUAAAAAGCAAUGGAUAUCCGUACCUGUAGUCAUAGUAGUGGUAUAAUAGGAACUGGUUAGAACCCCUUUUUUGCGGAGGAAUACAUCAACACCGAAGACGUCGUAAAUGAGAUUGCACCGCAUAUUAUUCCUAGGAUAAAGAAGGCUUUGACGUCAUCGGCGUUAAUGUAUCCCCAGCGAGUUGUAACAUUCUAGCCUGUGUACAGCCGGCCCCUCCACCAACAAAAAAAGGUUCUGGGUAUGUAAACGGAUAGCUGUGUUACAGUCGACUUUUCUGCUGAGGAUACCUUCGUUAUUUUUACCUUUUUAGGUGACUGUCUUGUUUCAAGGCGAACCACAGUUUGGUCACUGUAAAGUCAAUGACAUCAUGUAAGGAUGAAGUUCAGAUAUUUAAGGAAAUAAUAAAGAUUUGUUAAAAGGGUACCACACCGUAUCGUGUCUUCAUAGCAAAGCUAACUUCAACAGUUUAACACGAUGUAAACCUACCAAUAAUAAAUUCCUCCAAUGAAUCUCAUUAAAUCUUCUCCUUUUGAUUAAACAGUAAGAAUCACUUAAACAGUGAAACGCUAUGAAAAUGACCUUAAGCCUUUUUAUGACAUCUUCUUUAACAAUCCCGUAAAAUUGGUUUAGUGCUUUUGGUAAAUGUUGUGUCUUACACAGAAAAGAGCGGAAAUACAAAGAUCAACAAAAUAUGUAGAAAAAAGUCUUUCGUCUCUAGAGAAACUAUUUCUUUUACAAGAAAACUUGUUUCACUAAAUUAAAAAAUGACACAGCUGUCGUGUUUAUGAAAAGCUUUAACAUUGUUGUUGUUGUUGUUGUUUUCUGCUUUUUCAUGCAAAUUGCUAUUAUAAUACACGAUGCUUCAUUAUUUUCGCCUACAGAAAUGGAAGUGUUGUGGUAAACUUUACUUUGGUCUUCAUCAGGGGAAAUAAAUCGGUAGACAACCUGCUACAGGUCUUAAAAGAGUCUGUCGACAACGGCAGUGUUCUAGUAAUUCCAGUUGAGAGAGAGACACUUCACCUCAUUUUAUCAUGUGAGUUAACACUUUGUAUCUUACCAAUCUCGUUGCUGAAAUGGGUUGUUGGUCCUCAACAGGCCCUGUACGAAACACCAUCGUCGUAGAACAUUUCAUAUAUGCGUAUUUUUUGAUCCUAGACGUUACAGCCCUGAUAAACUGCACAAUUGGCCACCAUAUGUUUAAUGGUAUUCGUGGAGUUGAAACAUGUUUUUACCAGCCAGAUAACCAGAUAUUGCUAUUGGCAUAUCACCAUUUGCUUAAUCUACUAAGCGACAAGGAGGUGCCCUCGUAGUCUGCAGACGCCUAGAAGCCAAUACUACUGGUCAUGCCACGUUGUCUACUUGGGGCAGUCAUGUUGCAUGUGUCUGGAGAUAUCAAACGAGAACAGACCACCUGCUUUCGCGAGCUUAGCCUUACUGAAUACUAUGUUGUUUAAAUGCAGGCAAUAGUAAACAAAUGUGUAUAAAUGUAAAACUAGCACAGGGGACGGGGGCUUCACUACUGUCACGGUCAGUGUGUUGGUCAACCCUAAUUGCCGCCUGCCCUUUAACUUACGGAUUAUCGUUUGUAAUUAAGAGGGUGGCCACUGUGUGAAAUCAUGAUUAAACUCGUGACCAUAGUCUAUUUAUAAAAAAUUACCCAAGCUGUGACUAGGUUUGAAUCUACUAGCAGCUACUACUGGCAAUGGCAUUAGGUAACUGUACUUUUUUUUUUUGUCCUUUAGCUACCACAGCUCCCCCAACCACAGUUCAAGUUCUGCCACCAUCAGUUGCUGCGCGGAAAAAGUCCAUGUCUCCAUGGAUAAUUGCUGUGCUUGCUGCCAUUGCUGGACUCGUUUUCUUGGUGUUUAUUUGUGCUAUCAUACACUGUUGUGUAUUGAGAAAGAGAAAAGUCAAGAAGCGAGGUAUAUAA